AGUAAACCGGAAGCGUGAUUUUUCCUCCUGCUGGCGAUAGCUAAAGCUACGUUGGUGUCAUCGUCUUAUCGGGUUGGGGUUUGAUAACAGAAACAACAGUUUUAUUUCGUGUCCAACCACGAAUACCUGUCGUCACUGGAGUGUCUGGAGAGAUGAACAGCAACGGGAAUAAGAGAGCUCCAACUACAGCCACUCAGCGACUUAAGCAGGAUUACCUCCGGAUAAAGAAAGACCCUGUGCCUUACAUCUGUGCAGAACCUCUCCCGUCUAACAUCCUAGAAUGGCACUAUGUAGUCAGAGGUCCUGAAAAAACUCCAUAUGAAGGAGGAUAUUAUCACGGAAAACUCAUAUUUCCUCGGGAAUUUCCUUUUAAACCACCAAGCAUCUAUAUGAUAACACCAAAUGGGAGAUUUAAGUGCAAUACAAGGUUAUGUUUGUCCAUCACAGACUUUCAUCCAGACACGUGGAACCCUGCGUGGUCCGUCUCCACCAUCCUCACAGGUCUGCUCAGCUUCAUGGUGGAGAAAGGCCCCACCCUCGGCAGCAUUGAAACCUCCGACUACACAAAAAGACAGCUGUCAGCCCAAAGCCUGACCUUCAACCUCAAGGAUAAAGUGUUCUGUGAGCUGUUCCCUGAUGUAGUCGAUGAGAUAAAGCAGAAACAGAAGGCCCAGGAGGAGUUAAGCGCCCGCACUCAGCCCCUCCCCUUACCCGACGUGGUUCCUGACGGGGACCCUCAGCACGCCCACUACGGGCUCCCCGCCCUCAACGGAGUUCCCGUCCCCCUCGGGGGCGCUAACCCCGCCCCUGGCCUGCAGCAGGCCAAUCGCAACCACGGACUUUUAGGUGGCGCUCUUGCCAACCUGUUUGUGAUCGUGGGCUUUGCAGCGUUCGCCUACACGGUCAAGUACGUGCUGAGGAGCAUAGCCCAGGAGUGACAGGAGCCGGCGUUGUAGGGCGGCGCUCCCCCCCUGCAGGCGAGCCAGCUAGUGGACUCCAAAAUUCUACAAACACACUACGUGGGGGAGGGAUGUUCAGUCCUGGGUUAAACCCCUCCACGACCACCACACCCACCACCACCAUGGACUUUGGAUGACGGAAACUCAAAGCCGACCCACCCGAGAAGGAUUGAGAGGAGGAGGAGGAGGAGGAGGAGGAGGGUGGGGGAGUGGACGGGAGUGGCAGUAGGGCCGGGGAAUUGGAGGGGCUUAUUAAAAAAACGGUUGCGAUCCACUCUGUGCUUCAGUGGUUUAUGUCAGCAGUAGGAACAAACUUGGCUCAUGGGUUGUGGAAGAGUGUAGAACUAAAGAAGAAGAAGGCUGGAGGCAGGUCACACCAACAGAAAUAUGCUAAAAUGCACCAUUGUUCUCCUGCGUCAUGAACAUUACUGAUAAAACGCUUAAGUUGCUAAUUCUCAAAGCAGGCGUCUCCCUGCCCGUCACUUUUACAAGAAGUAAUUCCCUCUGCAGUGUUUACUAGUCACUCAUCAGAUCUAAGAGACUCCUCGGGCUGUGACUUCAUGCUGUUGCAACUCCAAAAGUUCCCAAAAUCAAGAGAAAAGGAAGAGCCACUAAGACCAGUUGUGUGAUUCUCCUCAUCAAUGUUGUGCAUUUUUGACAUACAUACACACACACAUGCUCUUUUUGUAUUUGUCAGUUUUCGUUUUCCAUGCCUUGAAUAGCAUCGAGGCAUCAGGUGCCAGUAACCUGCAGCCACAGCUAAAUAACUGGUUCCUCCACCUUUAAUCUCACUAUGUAGCGAGUGUGUACCUGGGUUGGUUUUCUUCCGAGGAAUACAUUGAACUCUAGUUUCAAUAGAACACGUAAUCAUACAGACACGGUUGAGGUCAACACACAAACCCGAAAGACCACUCUGUAGCAGUUCUCCCUGACAGCCCCUGUCAAAGAUUGACAUUAAAACAAUAUUGUAGAUCAUACUUGUGCCAAGAAUGUGUGAGUCAUUUUCAAGCACAAAUGGAAGUUCAGAAAAAAUACCUUUUGGUCCAUGUUGACAGAUGGGGAAUAAUAACGGGAAGCUUUGUAACCUGAUGUGUGACCCGUGAAUGGUCAGGAGGCUCAUUAGUGCUCAAUGACAAAGACGGCUGCAAAUCUACAUGUAAAAAAAAAAACAAGUCCCAAAACAGUGCGCAACAACGUGAUACUAGUCAAACUUAAUACACUUGUCAGUAUUUCUGUAUCUCAUCAGGAGGGUCUACUUUCUGCACGCAAAGCGUAUAUCUGAUGAUGCGUCACAGGCCGGGCAAGUAGUGCAGAGAGGUAUUGACAAGUGUAUUUUCUAUAUCUAUAUUUCUCUUUAUCAUAAAAGAUUAAAAAAAACAUAAAGGUCGGCAUGGUAGUCUGCGAACGAGCUACUGAUCGGUGGUCAAAGUCUGAUGCGAGUCCAGACGUUCCUUCCUGUCAACCCAUGAGCCAAGCAGUGAACCCAGUGUCUGCACAGAAGUACAUACAGACCAGUAUCUUUCUUUUUGUUUUUUGAAUUGGUUUAGUUGACCAAUACAACACCAAUCUAUAAAGGUCCACGUAAUGAGACAGAAGAAGAGAACCACCAUUUGUUUCUGUAUAUUAUUUUCCUUUUGAUCAUUUUUUUGUUUUGUUUUUGUUCUCUUAUUUAUAGAAACUGCCUCGGCUUCUGUGUCAUGGUUCUAAGGAUAUUGUCCAUGGGCCAGGCUCACAUGUUGGCUGAUAAUUACUGUUGUGCAUUGCAUUUAGUAAAGAUGGUUCUACUGUGUAUCUAAUGUUCAACAGAAAAAUGCUCUGAAAGCAGAAGAUUUGCCUUUUUAUUGCUCUUUUCUUGGCACCAUCUUAAAAAAGACAAACUGAUGACGAAGAUGAUGGUGAUGAUCAGUGCGUUUUUGUGUGAUUAUACAGCAAAUGCCCAAAUUUCCAUGCUUCAGUUAAUCUUGUGUGACAUUGUAUGUUUUCAUAGUAAAUGCAAAUAAAUUACC